AUGAGGUAGUGUUUUUUUUAUUCAUCCAACUAGAUUUUUAGUUUCAUUAUUGCUUUAUAUGGAACAUUCGAUACAAACCUUUAAAAAUACACCGCUACCCAAUUAUUAUAUUAUGCAUCAGCAUUUUUUGUCUGCAAUCAUCUUUAUUCAUUCUAUUCGAGAAAUAUAAUCAGAAGGAACGAUGUACAUUAGCUUCCCCCUUGUGACAGAAGAUUAUUCUUAUCAUAUGAAUACCUUUUUUAUUUUUAAACACUGAUCAUUUUUGUGUGCUUCUAUUAUUCUAUCAAGUUUGAUAAUUUACAGAGGGAAAUCAAGCCUUUCAUUAAGUUUCUCAUAAAUUAGUUAAUGUUUCAUGUCUUUGAGAUUACUAAGAUUUACCUUGUGAUAAAUCUAUUUGUUUUAAUUCAAUUCCUACAAGUCAUCAUAGAUGGUAUCUAAUUGGUUAUUGACUAUGAGUAAAUUUCAUACUUAAUUGCUGGUGUAACUGUAGCAAGCAUUGUGAUCGCCUUCAUCUAUAACCUUCAUAUAUUAGGGCAAUAUUAUUUAUAAUUAAGGAACUGUAGAGACGGAAGAUUUUUUAAUGACAAUCCUCAAGUUUAAGUUACCAAUUUGAGAGAAGAGGAUUUAGAAAAAUUAGAAAUUAAGUCCUUUAAUUCUUAACUAGAAGUGUAAUAAAAACGAAACUAAGCUGUAGAUUUAGCCUAAUUGGAAGAGUAGAAUAAUAAUACAAUUUAAUGUCCCAUUUGCGGUGAUGAUAUCCAAAAAAAAUAGAAAAUUAUAUUACUGGAAUGCUAACAUAUAUUUCAUUCUGACUGUCUAAUUAGAUGGUUGAAAAUCAAGAAUUCUUGUCCCUACUGUAGGAGAUCGGCAGUAAAAUGUUAAUAAUGAUUUUAUAGAUAUAUUUAAUUAUAUAUUUAUGUCUCGUAA